AUGGAUGAUAAGAAGGACACAAUAGGGAAUGAAGAUACUGGCAGUUCUACAGUGACCAACUCUUUGAUCAAUCUGGUGAAGGGAGAGGUCAUACAGGACAAAAUACUUGCACUGUCAGAAGAUUUGGGGGCUGGUCCUGAGUCUUCAAAUAUCCCCACACCCUCCAAUGUUGUGACUGGUGGUGUGACUAAUACUGCUGAAAUAAUGGCAACUAAAUCCAAUAAUAUACCCAGUCUUUCAGAAAUUAGAACAAACUCCGGUACUGCUCCUACGAGUGCAGCAGCUGGAAUACAGAACCUGGAACUGGUUUUCAAAGUGCCUAAAAAAAUUGUUCCUGGAGAAAUCAAAAUUCCAGACAGUAACAAAUCUCGUCAACUUCAAUCAGAUUAUGAAGCAGGAAAUGAAAAUGGAUCUGGGAUAAAACUUAAUAAGAAUGCUAUUACUAACCUCAAUAAAUCCCUUAAGGCGAAACAAAAGAUUAUCAAUACAAAGGAGCCACAUCCUAAAAAUUCAACUAUCAUUUCGGAGAUCCUCAAUACUUCACCUCUGGCUGCUGCAUUUCCUAAUAAUAUAUCAAAUGAAAAUGAGCUAGAGUCUCUCCCCACCGUUACCGGUACAGGUACGGCCAAUCCAGUGGCCAGUAGUACAGCAAGCAUAUCUGAUCAUGGUGUUAAUUCAAAGACCACCACUGCGAAGGAAAAGAAAAGAUUGGCAAAUCAAAACUCUACCAGAACAGAUUUUUUCGCUGCAAAACUUGCAAGUGCUGUUGAUGACGUUGAGAGCUCUGACAGUGAUGAAACGUUUGUUUAUGAGACUAAUGUUCCAUCGUAUGAAAAUAAUACAAUUUCAAAUGGUAUGCAAGCAGGACCUAAUGGACAUCUUGCAAAUUCAAAUAAUGUUAAUACUGUGCUUAGUUCACCACGCACAGAAAAUGUCUCAAGGAAUGGUAGUGUUAUGAAUGCACCUGGGAUCGUGAACAACAUCCAUAGCCCUCCACAAGUUAUUCUUGGAGACCCUUCAAUGCAGGACACACCUAUUUCAGCUUCGAAAACUGAUUCGAUUCAAUCUUUGAGAUCCAUUAAGUUUCCAAAGACAGCCACUUCUGUGGGGAAUGGACAAGUGCCCAAAUUAAGCAAUUCACAUACAGAACCAUCUAAUAAGGAUAUAACCACCAUCAGUGGGAAGGAACGUCCUCCAACGCAAAGGUCAAACUCGAUAUAUUCCGUAGUUCAUCCAACACUUCGAGGUACCGAUGAUGUAAAUAAAUUGCAAUAUCCUAUUCAAUUUCACGAUCAGGAUACCAAUUUACAACACUCACCAACUAGUAGUGCUUUCAUGGAUACCCUUCACUCGGUGAAUUCAGUUUCAACGACUCAUUAUCCGAAUGAUAUCCCACCAAAUGUUUCUGGACCAGGUCUUGGUCUAUUUGAUACCCGCUCCAGUUAUCAACCAUCGAAUACCGCUGUAACCAGCAUCAACGAUGGCUACACAAAUGAUGACCGAUAUUCAUCAGAGGAUGUCGAUGAGGAUGCAGAAGUUAUUGAUGAUGCUAACUCUACCGAAGGUGAUUUUUAUGGUACUGAUAGCAACGGGAUAGCUACUGCAAACUCAACUCUUAAUGGAGGAAAUAUAGCAUUGGAAGAUACACAGGCCACAAUUGCUAAUACUAAUAAUACUAAUACUAAUACUAAUAAUACCAAUAAUAAUAACCUCAAUGGCGCAGCGACCUUUGGAGAAAAGAUUGCAUCGACUAAUUCUAUGACCAGCAAAGGGAAAAAGAAUACAAAAUCAACAACCACAAGCUCGUCAAAACUCCGGUCUACUACAUCCAAACUUUUCGAUAAGAAGGGAUCUCAGCCCAGGAGAUAUAGUAUCAUUCCCGAUGAUAUCGAUAUUGAGGAUUUCGAUGAUGAAUUAAUAUACUAUGACAACAAUGUCCGUUUCCCAUAUAAUAAUAAUCACAGUAUCGGCACAAAUCAAUACAGCGAGAAUUCUCCCUUGAUGAACCAAGGAGGACGAAUUCCUCACUACAGAUCGUUGAACUUGAACCCACCAAAUGGGAAACGUCUCUCGCAACAGAAGGGUAAGCGAUACCUUUCAAGUGGUCCUGGCCUCCCUCAUCAAGCGUCGAACAUUGGACUGCCUGUAAAUGAGGGAAAUUCCCCACAUCCAAAUAAUGAUAUAUUUCCAUUCCCAUAUCCUGAUCCGAACCAGCCCUACUACUACGAUUUUGAUGAGUUUGAUGAAGCUUCGCAUUCCGACAGUUUGGAACACAACCAUCUUCAUACACUUGGUCGCAAAAGUGCUCGGAAUAUUUCAGCAUAUGGACAUCCGCAUUUAUCUGCCACUAAUGGUCAUUUCAUUCUUCCUAGAAAAAAAUCUUCCCUCGAAGGUGCGAAGGUUAAUUGUAUCAAGAGCUUUAUUUAUACUUUGAUUAGUAUUCUUACCGUACUUUCAGUUGGAUUUAUUAUGGGGUUUGUACUUGCCACAACGAAGGAACUUACACAUGUGAACAUCACAACGAUCAACAAUGCACUCGUCAGUCAAGACGAAUUAGUAUUCAAUAUCAUAGUGGAAGCAUAUAAUCCUGGAUGGUUCUCAGUAGAUGUAAGUGAGGUUGAGCUUGACAUUUUUGCAAAAAGUGGAUAUCUUCCAGAUGAAGGGAGUGAUGUUAUCAAUGAUUUCGUGGUUGAAACUGUUUUGUUGGGCUCUGUUUACUCCUUGGAAUCCCCAAUGACUUUCAGAGGUGGUUUCUUUAAUAGAGAACCUUUGAAGCAACACGCAGAAAUGAAGUUAAUAACACCUGGGAAAAAUCUCUCAACAGUAGCGUUGUUACGCACUAGUAAUACAACAGAUCCACUGCCUCCUGAUAACUCAAAGAAAUGGGAAAUAAUAUCUAAAAAUCCUUUUGACAUCAUAGUUCGUGGAAUUUUGAAAUAUAAAUUACCUAUGACUUCAAAUUCAAAGUCUGUGGUGGUCAAAAAAACUGCUUACGUUGAUCCAACUGGACCUGUCUAA